GCUUCUCAAACACAACCACUACGCGUUACUAAUAUUAGUUGAAUUUUAAGGAAACUACCUGGAUUUUCCUUGGUUGAUUAUUUCCUUCUACUUAGAUUCAUGAAUAAACGAAAGAGAGUCGAAGAGUUUGGAGAAUCCAAGCACCGUCAGGUUCGACAGCGUAUUCUGCAAGAACGCAAAACAGACAUUCUUGAAAAUCUUGCUUUUGAACUCUCUGAUAAAAUUCGGCGAUUACGAUCCAAUGCAGGUUUGCUGGCAUCCACCAUACGCAUGAGGGGAGAAAUGCGUGUAGCUUCUAUCCCACGUGCUCAGAGAAACAUGAAGCUUCGCGAUUUCCAGAAUUUCUUGUCGUCAAAUACACCUGUUACUCCGUGGCGAACUCGUAUUCAGGAAUUCUAUAAACUUGAAGAAUUGUCGCUGUCUAGGCGGAAACCAAAUUCCGCUAAAUCAAGUCCCUCCAGGGCUCCUACACCUACUCGAGUUAUCAAACAAAAGGCUUCUACUCAUGGGUCUUGAUUACUUACUACCAUAGCUAGUUGUCCUUGCUUUUCCACCUUUAACAUUUCAUAAAAUAUUCCUUCUUUCAUGAUAUUUGUCAUUGCUAAAUGCCGAUUAAAAUACACAUUUCUGUGGCCACUUUCCUGGAAGUUGCUUUUGACUGGCAAACUAUAUCUGCACUUAUUCUUCCUCUGAAACCUGAACAAUUUUUCGCAUACGGUUCAUUGUUUCUCGGAACAAGGGCCGGAUCUCAUUAAUUUCCAUGGCUCCCAAGUUAUCCAAAGCAAGCUGAACUUCGUUUACCGCUUCCAAGCCUGCUCUUGCCUUGCUUUGUCUCGCUUCCCUGAUAGUCAAAAGUAUUCUUCGAACUUCCUCAACAUCCUCAAUGUCAUCGGGGCAAGCAUUCAGCAGCAAAUGUGCAGUUUCCAACCAUCGAAACGGCAAUUUGGAAAACAUAUCCAUUUCCAUUUCUUGUUCUCGCAGGCUUUCUAAAUUCGAAAGGUCUAACCAUUCCGGAGGCGCAAUUCUGGCUCGAUGUUGCCUUUUUAAUUCCAAAGCCAGCCAUAGAGGGACUCUGCACUUUUUUGGAGGCUUCAUAAUGGGUAUAGUUGCGCUUACUAAAGGCAGUUGAUCCAUAGUUUCUAAAGGAACAAUAUCAAUGUAUUCAUUUCCUGCUAAAAACUCUAUCUCUUCUGGUGAAAAUGUUGCCUCUAAUUCUCUGGGUAAAGCCAUAGUAUCGGUUUUUUUACUCUCCAAUAAAUACUUUUGUGUAUAUCCAAUAUAUAUUUUAUCUUUUUUAAAUAAAAUGGAUUAUUUAUGCUUUUAUUGUUAUAAUUUUCGUUUGAUUUUUGA